UUUUUUUUUUUUUUUUUUUUGCUUAGCGACUGACAACAGGCCGGUUGCUCCGAGUAGAAGCCCUUGGCCUUCUUCCAAGUAGAAGUGGCCUGGCCUGAGAUUGGAGUGAGACCCCAGCCCUAGGCUGGGGUUCUUUCCACAGAGGAGACGGAUUCAGAGGGGCUACAGACCAAGACCGUUGAAAACCAGACAUAUGAUGAGCGUCUAGAGAUUAACAACCCUGAAGAUGUUGCGAGUAUUUAUGCUCCAACCACAAGACACAAAGGAGAAAAAGAAGAUCUCGCAGCCCACUCCUCAGCGGGGCUUUAGUGAAAACGAUGAUGACGACGAUGAUGACUCAUCUGAAACUGAUUCUGAUGAUGACGAUGAUGAUGAUGAAGAGCAUGGAGCCCCUCUUGAAGGUGCCUAUGAUCCUGCAGAUUAUGAGCAUUUGCCAGUUUCUGCUGAGAUUAAGGAACUCUUCCAGUACAUCAGUAGGUAUACACCUCAGUUGAUUGACCUGGACCACAAACUGAAACCUUUCAUUCCUGAGUUUAUCCCAGCUGUCGGGGAUAUUGAUGCAUUCUUAAAGGUUCCACGUCCUGAUGGAAAGCCUGACAGCCUUGGCCUACUGGUAUUGGAUGAGCCUUCUACAAAGCAGUCGGACCCUACAGUGCUCUCACUUUGGUUAACAGAGAAUUCCAAACAGCACAACGUCACACAACAUAUGAAAGUAAAGAGCCUGGAAGAUGCAGAAAAGAAUCCCAAAGCCAUUGACACAUGGAUUGAGAGCAUCUCUGAAUUACACCGCUCCAAGCCCCCUGCGACUGUGCACUACACCAGGCCUAUGCCCGAUAUUGACAUGCUGAUGCAGGAAUGGUCUCCAGAGUUUGAAGAGCUUUUGGGAAAGGUGAGCCUGCCCACAGCAGAGACUGACUGCAGCCUGGCACAGUACAUAGACAUGAUCUGUGCCAUCCUAGACAUCCCCAUCUACAAGAGUCGGAUUCAGUCCCUCCACCUGCUCUUUUCCCUCUACUCGGAAUUCAAGAACUCACAGCAUUUUAAAGCUCUAGCUGAAGGCAAGAAAGCAUUCACCCCUCCAUCCAACUCCACCUCCCAAGCAGGAGAUGCAGAGACAUUAACCUUCAGCUGAGACACCUCCCAUGUCACUCUGUUUCACGGCUGAGCUGGCUUCUCUGCCCCAUCUGAGAAGGAGGGAUCACUGUCAGCCACUUGGCGGCCUUGCCUGCCUCACAGCUUGAUUCGGAGACAGCGCACGUCUUACUGCCCUCUCUGCCAGAAAGCACUGCCAUGGUCGUUAAAUGGCUAAUGCCUGUGUCAGAGUUCCUUCCCAUGGAAAUUAAUUAUGCAUCUACACUACUGUGGGGAUGUGAGUUAGAAUCUCUGGAAUUCCUGGGAUCCCAGGAUGCUCAGGUUGGGAGGAAGGCUUAAAAGAUGUUCUUUUGAGAUAGCAAUAGAAUUAUUUUCUUUCAUUCUUAAAGUUGGUUGGCAAAGAUUUUACAAAUAAAAUGCUCUUAUCUUUCAGGUUA